AUGGGCGACAAAACAGAGAAGACCGGCUCUGAUUCCGGUAAUCACACCCCCUCACUUCAUCCAGUGUACACUGUUACAAACAUUCAACACAAGGUCCGGGUUCUGGACGGCAGUAAAGUGACCUAUUCUUCGUGGGUCAAGUUGUUCCAGUUGAACGCCCGUGGAUACAAGGUUCUAGACCACAUUGACGGAACCCUGCCGCCGGAGGAAGGCGACCCGAACCGAGCCUCAUGGCUUGAGAUUGAUGCAAUCGUACUACAGUGGAUUUAUUCCACUGUCUCCGACGAUCUAUUGGUCCGUAUUCUUGAAACUGAAUCCACGGCCCUUGAAGCUUGGAACCGAUUAAAGAAGAUUUUUCUCAAUAACAAAGGUCCCCGUGCUGCCGCCUUGGAAAAAGCUUUCACCAAUCUGACCCUCAAAUCAAUGCCCUCUCUCCAUGACUACUGUCACAAACUUAGGGAGAUUGCCGGUCAACUCGCCGACGUCGAUCAGCCCGUGUCUGAAAGUCGCCUUAUCAUUCAACUUGUGAGUGGCCUUCCGCCCGAAUACGACGUCAUUGCUGCUCAACUCAACAAAGAUCUUCCCCCGUAG